UGAGAAUACUUUUGCAGGAGUAUAACAUUAAAGCCAUCACACACCAGGUUCCGGGUGUGUGUGCGUGUGUGCGUGAGAGUGUGUGAGUGUUGUGAGCGUGUGUGAGUGUUGUGAGCAUGCCAAUUAACUCUUGGUUUAUUCAUGUUCCCGUGCGCGGGCAGGGGUUCAGAAGCUAGCCGAUAGCUAGCUAGCAAUUUAUAACAAAAUGCAUAUCUUUUCGCUAGCCGAGGGGAUGCCCUAGGAGCCAAAUAAAUGUAUACGUGAAACGACAACGUUUAUGGGGCGAUUUGGGACAUCGCGGGAGAAUUUACGCCCAUUUUAAUGACCCGCAAAUCCCAAUUUUUCGGCCCCGGUCCACAGCGCUCGAACAAGAGAGCAUCCGAGCACCGUUUGCGGAUGUGAAGAAGGGACCUAACGCUAUUUAGGGGAGUUGCUAACCUACGACAGACUGGCGUUUUAUCACGAAUACUCAGUAGACGCUCCGGAAACCACUUGAAGGACAAGAAUAAAGUGAACGUAGGGGAUUUUCUUCAGUCUCUCCACACAGCUAUACUCCUCUGCGCAACACUGUUCCUGUCAUUAAAUCCUCUGUCACAGCACCUUCACCAAGCGCCCUUGUCAGUUCUUCAGUGCCACUUGCUGAAAUGGAUUGGGCCACACCAGCUGCCAAACUGAAUCCCUACACCAGAGCCCGCAUGACAGAGGCCUGGCAGCAGCAUGCAGUCGCUCCACCUCAAGUCGUCCACACCAUCCCUCCAGGAGCUGAGAACGCGUUGGGCUGUGCUGUGUAUGGCAUUGUACUGCAGCCAGAUGCUACGUCUUUACAGCAACAGCAGCAGCAACAGACCCAGCAUGGACAGCACAGCCAACACAGCCAACAACACAGCGGGAGUCAGCAGCAUGGAGGUGGGCAGCACAGUCAGCAGCAGCACCCCGCCCAGGCCCAGCAGACCUCCCUACAGGUGGGGACAGAGGGAGGACACAAGUGUGGGGCCUGUGGACACGAUAUCUCCCACCUGGCCAACCCACAUGAGCACCAGUGCAUGGUGAGUCAGGACAGGUCAUUCCAGUGCACCCAGUGCAUGAAGAUUUUCCAUCAGGCGACAGACUUACUAGAACACCAGUGUGUUCAGGUGGAGCAGAAGCCGUUUGUGUGUGGGGUGUGUAAGAUGGGCUUCUCCCUACUCACCUCUUUAGCCCAGCAUCACACAUCCCAUAACAGCACCAACCCAAUGAAAUGUUCAAUAUGUGAGAAGACCUACCGACCCGGUUCUUCUGGCAACGUCACACCCAACUCAAAUAAUCCCCAGCAGCCCAGCAGUGAUGGGGCGUCAGCCAGCAGCAGCUCAUCAAUUCUACCCUUCCCCUCGGCCCGAGACCGGCCCUACAAAUGCUCUGUUUGCCAGAAGGGCUUCAAACACCUGUCAGAACUCACGCGGCAUGAGAGGGUGCACACAGGAGAGAAGCCCUUCAAAUGUGACACAUGUGACAAGGCAUUCAGCCAGUCGUCACACCUACAGCACCACCAGCGAACACACAGCAGUGAACGCCCAUUCAAGUGUGCCGUUUGUGAAAAGAGUUUCAAGCACCGCUCCCACCUCGUGCGCCACAUGUAUGUGCACUCUGGUGAGCAUUUGUUCAAAUGCAACUUAUGUGAGCUGCACUUCAAAGAGUCGUCAGAGCUCCUUCACCACCCCUGCCACCCACAGGGUUCCCGCCCCUUCCGCUGUGCCACAUGCGGUAAGGGUUUCAAGCGUCCGUCUGACCUUCGCCAACACGAGCGCACGCACUCGGAGGAGCGUCCUUUCCACUGUGAUGAGUGUCAGAUGAGCUUCAAGCAGCAGUAUGCACUGGUGCGCCACCGACGCACACACAAAGACCCUACUGACCGGCCAUUCAAAUGCAAUCUGUGCGACAAGGGCUUCAUGCAGCCCUCUCACCUCCUCUACCACCAGCACGUCCAUGGCAUGGACAACCUGUUCAAGUGUGCCUCAUGCCAGAAGGAGUUCAGCCAGUCAGGAGAGCUGCUCAGACACAAGUGCGGCGAGUCGUCCAACACCUCGCCCGACAAGCCGUACAAGUGUGACGUUUGUGGCAAGGGCUACAAGAAGAGUUCCACGUUACAGCGUCAUCAAAACUCUCACUGCCAAGAGAAGCCGCUCAAGUGCUCGCUCUGUGACCGCCGCUUCCUGUCCUCUUCGGAAUUUGUCCAGCACCGCUGCGACCCGUCGCGAGAAAAGCCGCUGAAGUGCCCUGACUGUGAGAAACGUUUCAAAUACUCAUCAGACCUGAACCGACACCGCCGCGUGCAUACAGGGGAGAAACCGUACAAAUGUGGCCACUGCAACAAGGGCUUCAAACAGCGCGAGCACCUGACCAAACACCAGAGCACGCACUCCAGAGAGGGCCAGUUCAAGUGUGUUUGGUGCGGCGAGCGUUUCAGUGACUUGGGUUCUUUGCAGGAUCACACGGUGCAGCACACAGCCGAUGGAGGGGGUUACCCUGUGCCCCAGUGCAUAUAAAUCCUUGGAGACUUUUUCCCUUGAAGAGACAGUCCCCUGUCCUCUUGUCUGUCCCUUGUAGGCUAUUUAUGCAGCCUAACUAUCACCACAUUUGCAGGACAGUCCAGGCUAUUAUUAUUGCAUUCAUUCUUACCAGUGAUACAUCAGGUUUUUGUUGCUUUACUAACCUGCCCAAAGCCCUUUAGUACUGUGACCCUGUCAUUCCAUAAGGUCCCUGAAGAGGCCUUUUUCUUCUUAUACCUGUCCUCUCCCCUUUUUCUCAGCCCCACGCUCAGACAGGCGUUAGCAGUGAAGAGGCCACAACCAUUUUAUCAGUCAUACUUAGUCAGAAUGUUGCAGACAGAAACAGGUGCUAUAAUGCAGGUUGAUCCCAUUGUGUUUUUUUUUGUGUUUUUUAAAUAGUUUGGCAGUAAGUAUGUUGUAAGGUGUACUGAAUGAAUCAGUAGAGGCAAAUCUCCACCUAAACUGACCGGGUCACAAAGUGUCCUGACUGCUAGAGUAUCCACUAGAGGGGGAUCAUUCCCUUGUUUUUUCUUUCCGCCUCUCUCCCUCUCUUUCUUCCCCACUCUUCAGUUUCUCCCUCCCUAUUUCUUCCUCUCAUCUCUGCUUUCUUUUACUUCCUCCUCUUCCUGUCUCAGCCUGUCGCUGUUUAGUAUCAAAAAACUGGAAAGUUUGACAAACCCCUCAGACACACAUGCACUCACAUUUGUUUGUCUUUGGUCAGGUGAAGGAUGACUUAAAACGCUUUUUGUUUUCAUGUCCCCACAGUAAUACAGAAACAGUGUAUCGACUCUUUUGGACUCUCUGCUUCCACAUCUCUCUGGGUUUUAGUAAUUUUACACUUAUAAUUUAUGAAGUAGUCACUAAGCUCUUCAACGUAAGUGAAGGAAAACAGUGUGGGGGGAGUUUGGGGAUUUAUUGUCCUAUAGUGAAAUAAUUCUGAUGAACUGUCUGUGAGUGUAUGCGUGGGCCAUGGGUUUCAUGGCUACUCCUGUUUGUACCAAAACACCAGUAUAAAUCAGCACCCGAUCCCAAAGGUGUGCAGACUAACCAACCAGCUGAAGUUAACUGUCAUUGAAAACCCUGAUGAUCGAUACCAAUCUCACCCUUCAGUAUAGACUUAUAUAGAAAUAUAUAUCACACUAAUAUACUUGUCAUAUUCCUACAGAGGUCAAUGCUGUUAGACUUGCUGUUAAAAUGUCCAAGUUUGAACAUUUCACUUCCUCUCUCAGCCUGUACAUACUAUGGAUGUGCGAGUGUAUGUAGCCAGAUGAGUUGGAAAUGUCAGAAUUUGUCUUUCUUAAAAACAAUAUGUAAGAACUGUUUUUGUAUUCUUGCUACUUUUUACCAUGUGAAGUGUUUUGACAAAUGCUUUUUUGUUGUUUUUGUAGUCCAUGUAGUGAUUGUAUCUGUAUGUCGCAGGGAAUCUCAAAGAGCACCCUGCGCACGUGUGUGUGUGUGUGUGUGUGUGUGUGUGUGAGAGUGUGAGUGUGUGUAUGAAACAGUAUUCUGUCAAACAGGGAAAUUCAGACUGUAAAGAAUUGUAUUAGAAAUGUUUCAACAGACCUGCACCUUUUUUUUUUUUUGAUUUUAUUUACUAACCUUACUGGUCUGUCAGAGCUGUUUUUGCAGGGCGAACCUGCACUUUGUUAAAUAUUUUCCAUGUUUUGAAAGAAAUAUUAACACUGUUUUUCCUAUUACAUGUUGCGUUAAGGUUGACGUUGUGUCAGUCAGAGUGGGUUUAUACCAGAGUGAACGACACCUCUUUGAAUGCUGUGGGAUUCUGGUUGCGAAGAAGCCUGGAACACCAAUUGGUUUACACAUCAGCUGUGAUCCCUCUCUCCCUGCCCUCUUUCACUGUUGAUUCAUGGUUUGAGUGCAGUAUUGAAUACAAACAGAGGAGGCCAAGGAGACGGAAGUAACAUUUUUUUAAAUUCUGGCUUGCAAUUCUUUUCUUUUUGUUUUAGCCUUAAAAUGAGGCCAUGGUGCCUCUCUGCCUCUUCCUCCUCUCCUGCUUUCUGUCUGUGUCCAUCAUCAUUAUAAUCAUGCGAGGUCAGAUGGUUGGUUCCAUCAGCCAUCAUAUGUUUAUUUUUAUUUUCUGAAUCUGGCAUUAUAAGACUUUGAGAACAACUUGGACUUAAAGUAAAGAAGUACUGUAUGUUUUUUUAUGGUUUCACAUUUGUUUAUUAUUUUUUUUCUAUUAAUCCUUAAAUUGAUAUGAAUAUCUAUAUUCCUCGACGGAGAGACCAGGGCCUUGGGGUAGCUGGCUGUAUUUUUUAACACAUCUGCCAGAGUUGUAUUCAGCUUUCACAAUGUAGAAUUGUUUCUGAGGCCAAAUCACAGAAGAAACAAUCUCUACACAAAGAAUUCUGCAGGGUGGUGGUUUAAAAGCUGAAUCACUUCAUCAGGAAUCAAUUAGGGUGGGUUUAUAUUUGCCAAGAACUACAAGUGCUCAAGGACUUUUGACUUAUUAGUUGGUGCUGACACAUCAUCAGAUGUGCAUGAUAAAAAAUAGUCACUCCAGGUGCAGGACAAGGACCUCACAUACUGCAUAGUGCUGACAGUAGGCUUAACAUGUGUAACAAUAACAAUACAAGUGUACAUUCAAAGCCUAAGCAUAAUUCCAGGCCAGCAGCACUGAUUUAGUUGUUAAUAUUAGUGAGGGCAACUGUCUGGUUGUGCACUUGUCCUGUGUGUUAUAGAUUACAGGUAGCAGAAACAUUAACGGACCAAUCUGACAAAGCAGUGGGGUAUACUGCAAAGUGAAAGGGAGAGCUGCACUUGUCACAUCUUGAUCAAUUCUAAAAAUAAAAACAUCCCAUAUCCAAUAAGCAGCUGGGGGAAGGAGAGGAAAGUCUCCUGUAUAAGCACAAAUUAAAUAAAUCCACCCUUCUGCAUAUUAACUGGUGGUUUCAAUGGAAACAGUCGGUUUAGACACCAGUUCACCCACCCACCAUCCUCUUUCCUUUUCAGUUUAAAUAAAUAAACCCGUCAGACCCUGGUGUCUCUUGCUCUCUGCAUGCUUGCUGUGUUAGUUCCUGUGUUCUGUCCCUGGGAACUGGUGCUCCCCUCCUCACAGCACUGUUCCCUCCUUAUAGCUUUUUCAAAUUGUACUGUAGUUUAUGUGAAUGAUGUUGGGGAAAAAAAAGAAAAGAUAAAUACUUUGUGGCAACGUACAGUAUGUGUACAUUCAUGCUAAGAUUAUCUGUAUGUAUGUAGCAUUCAGUUACACACAGCACUAACAAAUAAAACUUUUUUCAUUUAUAAACUUA